UUGGAUUGAAAAACUAUACACAUAAGUUGGAUUGAAUGACAGAUGACACAACUUAGUCUUUACAAAAAUUUUCACAAAAAUUUAAUUAUUUCAUAGCUUUUGAGAAAAUAUAAUAUCGAUUACAGUGAAUAAGAUACAUCACAAUUUCUCAUUUAAUUAUGGACGCCAAUACUUGGUUGAUUGAAUUGGAAUCAGCGCUGUUGGAUGAGUGUAAUGUGAACGACAUUUACAGUAUUUGUAAUGGCAAAGCAAUACCUGAAACUUUACGGCCUGAUGUUUGGCAAAUUUGCCUGGAUGUUCGAUACAAGAACGACCAAAUGGCGCUGUUCAAUGAAAUCUUUGAUUUACCAUUUCAGACCGAACUUCGUAACGAUUGUAGUGUAUUUGUUGACAAACUUGGAAAUGACGAAGAGGAUAAAUUGUCAGUAGUUUCAGAUUUGGAGUCAAUUCUAACAUUUUACUGUAAAAAUCGGUGUUUGAAAUACGAAUCACAAAAUGGAUGGAUAGAAUUGCUGUUACCGGUAUUAUCUCUCAAGUUGAGUCGAUCAUACACGUAUAAUCUGUUUGAAGCAAUUCGAGAUACUUAUAUCCCAAAGGGUUGCGUAAAAAACGGAAAUGUUUUUCAUUUAUUUCGUCUGUUAAUUCUCUAUCACGAUCCUGAGUUGUGUUCAAUGCUGGACACUAAGAAAAUUACACCCGAUCUUUAUUCAAUGUCAUGGUUUCAAAGCCUAUUUGCAGCAACAUGUACACUUCCGGUGGUUCUAAGUAUGUGGGACAUGUAUUUUCAACAAACGGAUCCAUUUUUGGUGUUUUUCCUCGCGCUCAUUAUGCUAAUCAAUGGACGAGAACAGAUCCUUGCGAUGAAAGAUCAAUCAGCAGAACAAAUUGUGAAAUUUUUAACUGAUAUGCCGACUGCUCUAGAAGCUGGAGACGUAAUUGAUUUUUGCUCGUUAGCUCAAUAUUAUGCGAUAAAAACUCCAUCAUCAUUCAAAACGGGCUAUUUGAAGUCAUUGUUUGGUGCAGAUACGAGCCCUGAUAGAUCAAUUUCACAGGCGCUUUGUUUGCCAGUCACUGUCUACGAAUUAAUUGAGAAUAUUUCUUCGUCACCGACGAAUGCUGAUAGUGUUCGUUUCUUUUUAGUCGACUGUCGACCGGCGGAUCAAUAUAACUAUGGUCACCUACAUACAGCAUUUCAUGUAGACAGUAAUUUGAUGCUACAGGAGCCGGUUGCCUUCUCCACAGCUGUAUAUGGCUUGUUGCGAUCACAAAAAAUGGCCAUUGAUGCAAAUUCAGAUGCAGGAGGCGAACAUUUGUGUUUUAUGGGAUCGGGACGCAUGGAUGAAGAUCAAUAUAUGCAUAUGGUAGUGGCGUCAUUUCUUCAGAAAAAUACACAAUAUGUUUCGGUAUUAACCGGUGGUUAUGCUUCGAUACAUGAAUAUUUUGGACAUCACACAAACGAAUACUUAAAAGAUCAUGAUUCAAUGCGAUGCUUGAUGUGUAUUGGUCCCAGCACCAGCAAAGUUAAUUCAACCAGUAAUAGCAAUGAACGAAUAAAUCACGCACCAUCGACAUCAAGCCUCAAGUCACAGCCAUCGGUCGAUUUAUUUAGCAAAUUAUCAAGCGUUAUGAAAAGUAAAUCACAAGAAGUUAAAGGUAAAUUCAUGGAUUACAUUGUAAAUCCAUAUGGAACCAGUACGGCUACGAGUAACCCGAUUGAGAAACAUGUAUCGCAAAGUGAAAGAAAUGGUAUACGUUAUCGAAAUGUGGGAUCGGUCUUUAGUAUGUAUGAAGGUGUUGAUUCAGUUAUCGAUAACGAUGUAACCGACGCAAAUAAUGAGGAAGAUACAACGGUUAACAUACCAAGUUAUAUAAAAAAUUCAGAUGUGAUUAAGGCACUAAAAUGCCAAGAGGUUCACAUGAGUGGCAUCAUGCACGAUAGUCAUUUGAUUUUAACCAAAACUCAUCUGAUGGUUUUGCGCGAUCUCGACAAAAAAGGAAAUGCUGAAAUUAUUGCCCGUAGGCCUUUAUCAAAUAUUGUUAAAAUUACUGCCAAAAAACGACAUCGCGACCUAAUUACAUUCAAAUACGGUGUACCGGAUGGAGACGAAUUAAUUAUAACAGAUAUGGAUCGUUUUAUUAUCCCUAAUGCAAACGAAGCAACGACGAUUGUUUCCAAACAGAUUAUACAACAAUUGGAAAAUACAAAAAAUGAAGAUUCAAAUAAAUAAUGAUUGAUUGUUACAGUUUUACCAAA